AUGUCAACAAAUAUACCGGAUGUCGAUCAACUCAUAUUUGAGCCUUUACUCAGUCCAUUAUUCCCGAAAGCAACAGAAAUACUUUUUUAUACAGGUAAUACAUUAGCAUCACUUAAGUUGAUGAAAAAAGCCAAUAAAAGCAUAACUGAAGAGAUUAUUGAAUAUAUUUCAACAGUAUUACAAACAAUGAGAAUAGAAAUGCAUGAAAAACAAUUUCAAAAUGAAACAUAUGUUAAAUUUCUUCCAAUAUCGGAUGAAACAUCAAUGACAAAUAACCAUAACACUUCAAGUUCUGAUACUGAACAAUUAACACGAGAAGAUUUAAAAUUUUCUGUUUUAAACGAAUUAAAAGAAAAUUAUUUAGAAAGUGUUACGAUAUCAUUAUCAAAUUUAGGUGUGCAAAUAACAUUAAAUGAUUUUUUACCAUUAUGGCAUAUUAUUGAAGAUUAUAUAGAUAAAAAAAAAAUUUUAUCAGCUGGUGUUUGUGAUUUUAUGCUUCCAUUAUUGUCUGAUUUAUAUGAUUCUUCUAAACAUAAACCAUACUCAAAUCAAAUAAAUUUAGGUGUUUGUUGUUCGAUUCCUGAAGAACUAAAUAAAUAUGUUAAAGAACAUAAUAUACAACUUUUAACACAUAGUGAUCCAAUUGAUAUUAUUAAUGAAACAGAUUUUCAAGAAGUUAUACGAAAAUAUUGUCAUGAAUAUGAUUCAAUUAAUUGGAAACCAUUAUCUAUUGUUCGUUAUAAUUCCGUCAUUAGUAAUCGAGGUAUUAUUAAAACAAAAGGAUUUUUUAUAUAUGCUAAACGAGAACUACGUAUGAAUUAA